AGAGCCGAUUUUAAGAGAAAUUUCUUGUUUUAGAGAGAGAGAAGAGAGAGAAGUUGAAGGAAAAAGAAGGAAGGGGAAGAAGGAAAAGUAUCUAGAAGAGAGGGAGCAUCUUCCUCAACCCAAUUCUUCUUCAAUUUCUUCUACGUCCCUUCUUCCCUCCUUUAUGGAGUAGUCCUCUAAGGUACUAGCGAAUCUAAACCCCAAACCCUAGCUUUAGGGUUUAUUAUGUAUGUAUGUAUGUAUGGAUAUUUUAGGGUUUGAAUGAAUGAAUGAAUGAAUGUGUUUAUCUAGAUGAUUUUAUUGCUAUUCUAUCAUGGAUUAUGUUUAUGGUAGGGCACCCCAAUCUUUUCUACUAACCUACUUUAUGCUUCUACGCUGGGUUUGGAGUUCCAGGGUUAGACGGGUAUGCGCCAUAAAGCAAAUCGUGAUAAAUGUAUGAAUGGGGACCUAGUAUGGUCAAGGCGACCGAACCCCUGCCUAGGUUAGCCUUCCUAGAUAGAACCCGGGAUAAAACCUCAGUGUGGACGGUGGACAGUCUCCAUUGAGAUGAGCCAUAAGCUUAAUGCCCCAGAUACGAUAGCCAAGAUCGAGGUCACUAUAUAUGGGUUUAAGGGAGGCAUGUGGAUAACCACGAAAGCCCACGGAAAAGAGCUUGACUCGCACGAAACUACACCACAAUAAAACCCCAACUAGAGCCCAAGUUUUUAAACUCUAGUUGGGUGCAGUAUAGGGCAAGUAUUUAGAUAUCGACCCGGGUCGGUCCGUCUACCCCUACUUCGGUUGUUGAAAUCAUUAUCUAGCAACAAAGUUUUGGUUUAAAGGUUUGCUAGUUGAAAUAAAAGAAAGCAGAGGUAAAUGGUUUUGGAAACUCUUUUGUGGAAGCAUCACUCGCGUGUCGCUUCCCCCUAACUGCUACCAUGCUAUGUGGAUUGGAACGAUUGCUUUGAGCACGAUAAUCGCGAACCGCAUAGGGAUGCAUAUGUGGUCGGAGACCACAAUCUCAAUUGCUAAAUCGAGGUAAGCAUGAAAGGCCGUGUCACUCGACCCUCUCGGUUUAGUCAAUCGAUAGUUGACUUACUCCCUCACUGAACUCUAAGGUCGGACGGCUUAAUCGCUAUUAAGUGACUUGCUUAACUCAAUAUUGAGGGUUUCCCUAACUUAACCUAGUUUAGGUGGCUUAGAAAGCGGAAGGAAAACCAACUUGAUUGAGUCUCCCUUGAAAGGGAGAUUUUCCUCUCUAAGCUAGGCUAAGGUGGCUAAUUAGAUUGCUAGCACCUACAUGCACAAACCUAAGGGUGCUAAACACAAAACAUGUACAACCCCUAUGUUGCUAAGAAAAAGCAUGCACAAUCAUGAUAAAUAAUGCCUCAAUUAUUGAUUUGAACAAUACCCAAUGAUAAUCAUCCAAUACACAUAAAAGAAAACUACAUGGUAGAGUUAGGGUUUCACAACACCCAAGUGAAAGGCGGUCUACUCCAUGUUAGAAGUGGGGAAAACAAAAGGGAAAGAGAUGGAAACCAUCUUGGAAGAUGCUCCCAGUCUUCUUGGCCCUUGAGUUGAGCUUUCCUUGGAGGAAAUCUUCCCAAAAUCUUCCUUAAGCUAAACCCUUGCCUUCUUCUCCCUUUGCUUCGUGUUUCUCUCUCUAGAAUGUUGAAGAAGACUUCUCACACACAAUGGGCUCUCCCCUUUCUCCUCCUUUCAGCUCAUAAUUUAAACCCGAGACGAGCUGAGUUCACGGCCGUGAACCAUGAAACGCGUCCGUGAACUUCAUGUGUGCACCAAAACGCGCCGCAUCAUUCACUUCUAUUCACGAUCAACUGCCCUCGUUCACGGUCUUAGUAACCGUGAACUCACCUUGCGUCAGUAACCUCCACUUUGGCUCUGGACGCCUCGCUAUACACGGUCCAUGGCUCUUCUUCACGGUCAUGCAAGACCGUGAACUUCCUUGGUUAGCCGUGAACUGGCCCUUUUUCACCUCUUCUCUCAGUUUUCGAUCCUUUUCGCCAAUCUUUCCAAUCGAGGCUGGUUUCACCUGUUAAAUCCUGAAACAAACUAAAACACGGGAAACCUACCGUAGAGUGAAUUUGGUUCAAACAUCUAAGUAAAACAGGGGCAAAACAUGUACAAUUAGGCCCGAAUCACUCCCCCCCCCCCACUUAGACGUUUGCUUGUCCCCAAGCAAACCAUUUCACGCUAGGUAAUAUUUCAACCUACACAAAUACUUCCGGGAUAACUCAAAGGGCGCGAAAUGGGAACUCUCGAUGGUUAUUGGCAAUCAACAUGUGGACCGUUG